UGGCCAACGGCCUAUGAAUGCAGUAUUGAGGGUGGGCGGCUCUGUUCAUCCACAUUGAGCACAUUUGGCUAGCAAGAGAAGCUAAGCCAUUCGACGCUAAAACACUACCAACAUGUCGGGAAAGAGCUUUCGCGUCAGCGACGGGGACUGGAUAUGUCCUGAUAAAAAGUGUGGAAAUGUGAACUUUGCAAGGAGAACAAGUUGUAAUAGAUGUGGAAGAGAGAAAACCACAGAGGCCAAGAUGAUGAAAGCAGGAGGAACAGAGAUUGGGAAAACUCUGGCAGAUAAGAGCAGAGGACUGUUCAGCGCAAAUGAUUGGCAAUGUAAAACAUGUGGAAACGUUAACUGGGCGAGGCGGUCGGAGUGCAACAUGUGUAACACUCCCAAAUAUGCCAAGCUUGAAGAAAGGACAGGUUAUGGUGGCGGUUUUAAUGAAAGGGAAAAUGUGGAAUAUAUUGAGCGAGAGGAAUCUGAUGGUGAAUAUGAUGAGUUUGGGAGGAAAAAGAAAAAGUAUCGUGGGAAGAAUAGUAGCAAGACGUCUUCCUCAAAAGGAAGUGAAAAGAAAGAAACGGCAAAAAAGGUUCAGCCUCCCCCGCAGCAGGAGGAUGACGAAGAAGAGGAUGACGAUGAGGAAGACGGUGACCUGUCCAAGUACAAACUCGAUGAUGAUGACGAAGACGACGAAGACGGUGACCUGUCCAAGUACGACCUGGAUGCCAGCGAUGAAGAGAAGGAGCAAGUGAAGAAAAGGGGCAGCCGCUCUGGCUCGUCCCGUUCCCGCUCGUCCUCGCGCUCAUCCAGCUCAAGUUCUCGGUCGAGGUCCAGAUCCGGCUCUAGGAGCUCCUCUAGUUCCCGAUCCAGAUCUCGCUCGAGGUCCCGCUCCAGAUCCAGCUCCAGGUCUGGAAAGGGCUCCUCGCCUCGGAAGAGGUCAGUCUCCCUGCCUUCCUCACCCGAGGGGGGACAGAAGCGGAGUCGCUCCAGGUCGUCAUCUGGAGGCAGAAAACGGAGACGCUCUCGAUCCCGUUCGUCCGAAAGGUUUGGGUUUAAAGUGGAAUACCACAGUGGCACUCACUAUAGCCGUUUUCUCGCCUCGCUCACGACCUUGUCGUGCUGGUUUUCAAGCGCUGACCUUGACCUGACACCGUACAAGUAUGCUGUGCUGAAUGUUGAUGACUGUCGGUGCUGACGUGUCUCCCCUUCCCAUCAUGUUAUGUGCUUUCAGGCGCAGCAACCAGUCCUCCGGAUCGUCCCAUUCUGGCUCCAGUUCUAAACAGGAAAAAAAAUAAUUAUAAUGCCUCAGUGAAAUGAACCUUGGUGCAAGUGCAUGUUACCAUGAGAGGAACGACAAAUCCUUAUACAGUAUACUGUUCACCGUCCCGAUUCACACACACACACUGUAGUAGCAACGCUUCCUAUCCUUCAACACCCUCUUUGUCCAACUUGUGAUUUGUGUCUCCCAAUAUAUAUACAUGGCCAAAUAAUGUAAUUGGAUGGUCCGUAUUUUGGGCUAAUGUUGGUGGCAGUAUUUCUAUUGAUCUUUGGGGAAAUUUACAUUCUCCCUCAGGACACACCCAUUUUAAAUAUAAAUGCAUCUGUUUGGGGACAAGUAGAACUCAUUACCGGUACAGACAUUUUACUUUGUUUUUAAGGUAAGUAUUACCAAGUUUUCUUCACAAACGGCACCAAUUUCAAUACAUUUAGGCAUCAAUGUUUCCAUUUGUGUUUACCAGAGGAAGGAGCAGAUUCGAUUAACAUUUAUUACUGUUCAAGACUUUUUUUAAGCACAUUGUGACCAUUCAUGCUUUAUAUAUGAUAGUAUGUGUCCGUGUGUAAAUAAAGUCUUGUCAACUUCG